AUGGGUAGCCCCAAGCCUGGCAUGCAACAAGGAGGCCAUGGAGGAGGAGGAAUGGGUGGAGUAGGAGGAGGUGGAAUGGGAGGAAUAGGAGGAGGAGGAAUGGGAGGAGGGAUGGGAGGAAUGGGUGGAAUGGGAGGAGGGAUGGGAGGGAUGGGAGGAGGAGGGAUGGGAGGAGGAAUAGGAGGAGGAGGAAUGGGAGGAAUGGGAGGAGGAAUAGGAGGAGGAAUGGGAGGAGGUGGAAGAGGAGCAGGCAUAGGCACUGGUGGAGGAAUAGGUUCCAGAGCCGGUGAACCCUACCGCCUGGCCACUCACGACAGUCCAAGUUCCCCCCGACACAUGCAGUCUGGCCAGGGGCCCGGCAUGGGGCAGGGCUCAGGGCCAGGCCAUGGAAUGGGUCACACUUCAGCUGGGUCCAGCAUGGGAGGCCAUGUAGGUCAGAGUCCCGGUCAGCACGCCUCCCGCCGAAACCUCCAAGUUGACUUCAGCAGUUCAGGCGGCUCCAGGACAGGCCGGUCUCCCUCGGUGUCUCCCGAUCGUGGUGUGACGCCCACCUCGCCCUACUCGUUGCCGCAGAUCGCACCCAUGCCGAGCAGCAAACUGUGCCCAGUUUGCACCACCACAGAGCUCUCCAACCCACCGGCUGUACCCAACUACAACACCUGCACUCAGUGUAAGGCCACCGUGUGUAACCAGUGUGGAUUCAACCCCAACCCACACCUCACUGAGGUCCAGGAAUGGCUGUGCCUGAAUUGUCAGAUGCAGCGGGCUCUUGGCAUUGAUAUGACCACGCCUCGCUCUAAAAGCCAACAGCAGAUUCACUCUCCAUCCCACCAAGCCAAACCCAUCGUCCAGCCUCAGCAGCCUGCACCACAGCCAACGCAGCCGACAGCAGCAGCACAGCCCAAACCAUUGGCACAGAAUCAGCCUACCCAGCGGCAGCAGCAGCAGCAGCAGCAUCCUCCGUCUCAGCCCUACGGCCAGACUCAACCUUACUCCCAGUCCCAGCAGUAUCCCCAGUCUCAGCCCCAGUCUUACCCUCUGUCCCAGCCAGGGCCCCAGACUCAGCCUCAUACCUCCCCCGGUUUACAGAGACACCCAGCCCCUGGCGGCCCCCAGACUCAGACAGGGCCCUCUCAGCAGGGAAUGAGGUCCGACCCAUACUCCCAGAGAGGUCCAGGAGCUCCAGGAGCUGUCGGAGGUCCUGCAGGAGGCCCCAGUCAGCCUGGAGGUCCACGGAUUCCCCACCCUGGCGCUGUGCCACUCCCUGGCUUGACCAAAGCGCCCUCCCAACCCGAUUUGGGUCGCGGUUCUCCGAUGCACCAGUCCAUGGCACGGCACCAUGACCAGACCAGAAGCGCCGGCUCCUCCCCAGCCCACAGGCCUCAGAGUCAGGCUCCGCCUCCUGCGCAGGACGGCCUGACCAAGCUGUUUGGCUUCGGCGCAUCGCUGCUCAAUCAGGCUAGUACCCUAAUCAAUGUCGACCCUCUACCCACCGCCUCCACCCAGCCCAGCCCUGCACGAGGCAAGGUGGUGUUUAGCAAUGCAACACCUGACAACAGGCAGCAACAACAAGGGGCCCCGGGCACCAAACCAUUCGGGAUGGGGGGCCCUCAUGCUCCAACUCAAAUGGGUGGCCCUCAUGCACCGAGCCAAAUGGGAGGCCCCUACGCAUCGAGCCAAAUGGUAGGUCCCCAAUCAGGUGGUCCACAUGCGCCAACCCAUAAACAGACCAUGCCCCAUCAACAAGGCAUGUCGCAACAGCAGUCGCCUGUACAUCAUCAAAAAGGGCCACAGCAACCGCAAGGACACCAACAUCAGCAAGCACCUGCACAUCUGCAGAAAGCGCCGCAGAAGCAGGAGCCGGUGGCGGCUCCUGCACCCGCUCCAGAGCCUGUGAAGCCCAAAGUGAACUGUCCUCUUUGUAAAACAGAGCUGAACAUCGGCAGCUCCGACCCGCCCAACUACAACUCCUGUACGCAGUGUCACAGCCAAGUGUGUAACCUGUGUGGUUUCAACCCUACGCCACAUCUGGUGGAGAAAAAAGAGUGGUUAUGUCUCAACUGCCAAACCCAAAGGCUGAUGUCCGGAGGCGGUCUUGACGAUCCUCCACUUCCUGUUCCUCACCCGUCUCCCAAGCACCAGCCAAUGGGUUCACCCCGUCACCAGGCGCCAGCUAGUCAGCAAAGCCCUCUCCACAAACCCACUAGUCAGCAGGGACCCAGGCCAGGCCAGCCCCAAACGCAGAAACCACAGGCGGGAACUGGUGGUAGUGGCCCGUUUGCACCAACUGCUGCUAAACAGCCAACUGACACUAAGACCACUACACCAUCUACGGCACCAGUACCAACCACGGAGACCCAGAAACAGCCGAAACCCACAGAAGAGAAGCCCAAGGCUGAGCCUGAGAACCAAACUGUCAAAGACACCAAAACAUCCCAGAAGAAGGGAGAGCAGAUCACACCGAUCAAGGAUAUUAAGAAGUCCAGGCAUUAUGAUGAAACAAAAAACAACAGCACCCAUGACUUAUCACGCAGCCCUCAGAGCCUCAGUGACACUGGCUACUCCUCUGAUGGCAUCUCCAGCUCCCACAGUGAAAUCACAGGUCUAAUUCAAGAGGAGGAGAUGAAGCUGAGUGAGAGGGGCAUAAGUGGGCGGGGCUCCCCUCCAAGCCCGUCUGAAAUUACAAAGCUAGAAAGCUCCAUGAGGCCUUUGUUGGAGAAGAGCCUCUCUGAAGAGAAGGCAGACAGAAGGGGCAGGAAGCACAGAGAUAGAGACUUGGAUGAUAGAGGGAAGCAGCGCCCACGCUCCCUGUCAAUCCCACCAGAUGCAUAUGACUCUGAUGAGGAACUAGAAGAUAUACUGGAAGAAGAAGAGGAUGGAGGAGACUGGGAGGGUAAACGGAAGGAAGGAAAGGAGGAGAAGAAGGAGAAAAAAAAGAAAGAAAAAGAGGCUGAGCCCACAGAGAUGACCGAUGAGGAGUUCAUGAGGAGACAGAUUAUGGAGAUGAGCGCUGAUGAAGAAAAUGAGGAAGAGGAGGAGGAAGAGAUGGAGGAAGAGGAAGAUGAAGAAGAUGAAGGAUAUGGCUACCAGAAGCCCAAGAAAAGCCACCAUAAGCACAUCAUCUCUGACUCAGGGAAAGAGAAGAGGCGCCUUCAGCACCACUCCAGCAGUUUUGAGGAGGAAACUAAGAGUUCUACUGAUGUUUACAAAGGCUCAGCGGAGGAGGGUGAGGAAGAUGUGAUGGCAUCACAAGGAGGCCUGAGGCGCUUCAAAACCAUUGAACUCAAUAAUACCAAUAGUUACAGCCGAGACAUGGAGCUCAGCAAUGAAAAUGACUUGAGCCUUGAUCGAGAACCAGAGCUAGAGAUGGAGAGCCUGACAGGAUCUCCUGAGGAGCAUUCUCGGGGAGACUACUCCUCCACUCUGCCACCGACUUCAUCCUCAUAUGGCUCUGGCCAGUCUCCUACUUCCAUUUCAUCAAUGGAGGAGGACAGUGACAGUAGCCCCAGCAGGAGGCAAAGGCUGGAAGAGGCCAAGCAGCAGAGGAAAGCGCGCCAUCGCUCCCAUGGCCCUCUCCUUCCCACCAUUGAAGACUCCUCAGAAGAGGAUGAGCUGAGAGAGGAAGAGGAACUUCUGAGAGAACAGGAAAAGAUGAGGGAGGUGGAACAACAGAGAAUAAGGAGCACAGCACGAAAGACCAAGAGGGAUAAGGAAGAGCUGAGGGCUCAGAGGCGCAGAGAGAGGUCCAAGACACCACCUAGCAAUCUCUCACCAAUCGAAGAUGCUUCUCCAACAGAAGAACUGAGACAAGCUGCAGAAAUGGAAGAGCUCCAUCGUUCUUCUGCUUCUGAAUAUUCCCCUCAGAGUCUGGACUCAGAAGCUGAGGGAUAUGAGUCCAAACUUUACAAGUCAGGCAGCGAGUACAACCUGCCUACCUUUAUGUCUCUGUACUCACCAAUUGAGAAGUCAUCAACCACAACAACCACCACAGCACCAUCUUCAACUUCCAAACCACUAAAGAGCGCUGAGGAGGUGUAUGAAGAGAUGAUGAGGAAGGCAGAGAUGCUUCAAAAACAACAGAAACAGCAGCAACAACAGCAGCAACAUGGAAGACAUGGACAGUUCUAUGAGGAGGAUGUUAAUGGACAAGGUUAUGAUGAUGAGUAUGAAUAUGAACAAGAUCAACCUGGAUAUGAGAAUGAGGCAGCAGAGACAGAAACAGAUAUUUAUGAGGAGAUCCGACAGACAUCUCAGAACAUCACUAAGAUGCAGCAGGCUACUGAUGAGCAAGUAGAGAUUGAGAUUGAGAGCUCCUACCCAGACAAGCAGCUCCUAGACACAGGCUCAGCCUUUGCUAAGUUACUGGAGCAAAGCAAUGCUCUCCUGACUCCAGGGACCAGCCCCACCCAGAUCUCAGCUCCAGUCUCCUUCGCUGAGACUGGAGGACGGAUCCCUGAUGUCCGAGUGACACAACACUUCUCAGCAAAGGAUGGACACAAGGACAGGAUUAAAAGCCAAGCAGGAAAGAAUGGAAUAACUCCAACAGUGGCUGCCACCACUAUUGCAGCUUAUGGAGUUUAUGCCAGGGAUGCAGUAACAAUUUCUCAGACAAGUUCAACCCACACUAUAACAUCUACCCAGUCUGGUAUAUAUGGCCGACACACGGGAAGUCCUGCCACAUCCUCAGCUACAGUCUCAAGUGUAUGCAGCAAGAUUGCAGAGAUUACCCAAGCCUAUAGUCAAAGAGAGGUGAUCACCAGAAGGGUAGGGGAGACUAGGGGUGUCCAAGUGCGAGACAGCUCAACAUCUUCUACUGAGAGAAUUAUUGAGCCACGUUCUCCCAAGUAUACUACAUAUUAUAGAAGCACCAGUCCUCCUCUUUCACCAUCACCACCACCACAAAGUCCCACCCGUUCACCUUCCAGAAGGGCUACAGCUGAGUUCUCUACACAGACUUUCAGUUCGGCAUUACGAAUGGACUCAGCUGGCUCUGGGCCUACAUCUCCAGUGAUAGCUCAGGGAACCCAAACAUCACAUCGAUCGGUUUCCCCACGACUGUACCGACAGCAGUCUUCCCAGGAUGCUCCAUACUCCCCACCUUCAAGUCCAGCUAGGCCAAUGACAGUCAACACUGCUACUUCUCCCCUGUCUUCGCCUACCCGAUUUAGCCGUCAAUCAACAUUUGACACAUAUUCCCCAUGUGGCAGCCCUCCAGACACUCCACCUUACCAAAACUCUCCUACACGCAGCUUCUACCGAACACAAAGAGUGGAGAAGGUAAAUGUGGGAACAAGUAUGGUCACCACAGUGAGCACUUACACAAGAGGGUCCAUGUCAAUGGAUAACAUCUCACUCUGUCGCAUAUCUACAGUCCCGGGCACCUCUAGAGUAGAGCAAGGCCAUAUGAUCCAAGGUGGAAGUGUUGUGGACCUCAGAACAGCCACCAAACCAGCUCCUAUUAUCAUGACUGAUCAAGGAAUGGAUCUCACCUCCCUGGCCACUGAAAGCAGGAAAUACCAUGGUGGAUCAGAGGGGAGCAGAAAUUCAACAAUUGUACAGCCACUGAUUAUGAACCUGAAUGCCCAGGAGACCACUACACCAACCACUGUGAGUGUCACUGUGGCUGCAUCCAUGUUCAUGACCCAGCCCAAACAGCCAACUGUCUAUGGUGAUCCCCAUCAAAACCGAGUAGAUCUGGGUCAGGGAAUGGGUUCAGCUGUGUGUUUUUCCCAAAACAAACCACCAAUGUCACCUCCAACUGACCCAUCAAUACCAAAAAUUGAUGCCAAACUGGAAGACCUCAGUGUCCAACAGAGAGAGCUACAGAUACAACAAGAGAAGUUGCAGAAGCAACAAGAACUUCUUGAACAGCAGUUGCAGCAGCACCAUCACAUGCAACAACAGCAGCAACAGGCAUCUGCUUUGGCCAGGUACAACCUUACUGGCCAGAUCUCACCUUUACUGAAAAAAGAUUUGCUAGUCAGCCAGACCAGCACUGCCUCAGCUGUGGUCAGUGCUGUAUCACCAGUUAUUAACCCUGAAAUGUAUGGCACUGGACCCAUUGAGCUUAAAGGGAAGCCCAGCCCUCCUGGUGUGAUUUCAGGAGGUAAAUCACCACAUAGUAUGGUAGUACAGAUGGACGGAGGGCCAGAACAGGCCAGGGCAGUGACUCAACUAGUGAAGGUAGAAGAAGGACAGGAUGCUAUGGAUCUUGCAGGAGGCCAAAUUAAACCUGACAACCAACCAGCUUGCUGUGAUGUUGUUUACCGACUUCCAUUUGGUGGAAGCUGUGUUGGUGGUUCUGAGAAAGAGGGCAUAAAGCCUCCCUCUGCCCCAACUCUCACAUACGAGUCUGACCAAGAAAGACAACCUGGAAGGUACCAUGAGUAUCCAAUGGAUGGACGUAAGGCCUACACAUUGCCUUUCCCUGGUAGGCUCCAGCCUUCAAUGUCUGAUACAAACCUGGCUGAGGCAGGGCUACUUUCCUACCAUUCUAAACUAGAACCGCACCUCCAAGCCCCAGAAGAACUUGCCAUGGAUCUAACUGCUAUGAAACAGGGCUAUGGGGGGUAUAUAGGGAUGCAGUAUGGCUCGUAUACAGAUUUACGGCAUGGAGGAGACAUCACAGCCCAAACGCUGCCUAUAAGGAGAUAUAAUUCCUUGUCUAAUAUCAGUUCAGACUAUGGCUACUCUGCUCGUGACAUUGCUGGCUUCCAUGAAGCUAACUUGGCUCAGUACAGUGCUACAACUGCCAGGGAGAUCAGCCGAAUGUGUGCAGCACUCAAUUCCAUUGAUCGGUAUGGAAGCAACCCAGACUUGAUGCACUUUGGCAGUUUGGGGAGGGGAACUGGCCCAGGGACCUCCAGACUUGCAGCUGGUCUUGGCAUGAGACAAAACCUCCUCUUUGGACUAGAUGGGAAGCCAAUCUCCCACAGUCAAGCUCUAACCAACCUUAUCAAUGCCAGGCAGGCCAGUCUCAGAGCCAUGUACCCUGCUGCCAUUAGGUCCUCUGAUGGGAUGAUCUACUCCACUAUUCAGACUCCUAUCGCUUCUACACUUCCCAUCACAACCCAGCCUGCUUCUGUUCUUCGCCCACUACUGAGGGGGGUCUACAGGCCAUACCCUUCUGCCAAUAUGACACCUGUGCCCCUAUCCAGUCUUAGCAGACUACCAAUGAGCCCCAGAAUGCCCUCAUCUGGACAAGCUCCAGUCCGUUACCCAGCGCCAGGUCUUCUCCAAACAAUGUCAACCACUGCCACUACUGCUGCUGCUGCAACAACUUCAGCACCAGCAUCUGCCCCAGUGUCUGUUGCCAUGACAACUACCAGCUCUACAGUCCAGGAUGAACCAGUUUACCUCGGUAAAGGUGCAACAGUGACCUCCUCAUCAUCAGAGGUCACCUCAGUACAUGGAGCAGUUGUCAUCCCAUUGGAGCCACAGCAGCAACCAAUAAACUUGUCUCAGGCUCACCUGAAUAGUCAACAACAAGUGACAGCUGCUCAGCAGCCACAGCAGCCUCCAGCAGCUCAUGCCUACCCACCCUUAGCUCCUUCACACACCCAUGGUUACACCCAACCUCCAGUAGGCCCUUCUGCCCCUGCCAGUGGCUUACCCAUUCCAGGAGGUCUUCCUCCCUUCCCUCCACCAGGUGCCAUACACAAGGAGGGUGAAACUGAGGCAGAGAGGUUGCAUCGGCAGCAGAAGCAGCUCCUGCAGAUGGAGAGGGAGCGCGUGGAGCUGGAGAAACUCCGGCAACUGCGCCUGCAGGAGGAGCUGGAGCGAGAAAGGAUGGAGCUGAAGCUUCACAGGGAGAAGGAGCAGAUGCUGGUGCAGAGAGAGUUACAGGAGCUGCAGAACAUCAAGGAACAGGUUAUUCAGCAGCAGCAACAGGAACGUGAGAAACAACUUGUUGUCCAGAGGGAACAGCUGGCCCAGCAGAAGUCCCAGCUAGACCAGAUCCAGUCUUUGCAGCAACAGCUCCAGCAGCAGCUUCAAGAGCAGAAGAGACUGAAAACGGCCGCUUCAGUUCAGGGCAUGCAGCUGGAUGUGAAUGGACAGCCUCUGCACCCUUACAACGACUCUCAGAUGGGCUCCCGUUCCCUCCCUAACUCCUCGUCAGAGAUGUGUCUGAGGAGCCAGGAGGACCACAUGGAAACCAGGAGCAACAUGAGGAAACACAGCUCCAUGACCAGGCUGAGUAGGGACAGCUUGGACGGAGAUGGCGUGGUGUUCUACGGCUCCCCCCGCAGGAUCGUGGACAGCUGUGUGCAAACAGAUGAUGAAGAUGGAGAGGAGAGGUACAUGAUGCGUCAUCGCACCAGGAGGCGUGGUCGCAGUGUUGACUGCUCUGUCCAGACAGAUGAUGACGAGGACAAGGCUGAGACGGAGCAACCAGUCCGCCGAAGACGUUCCCGUUUCUCUCGGCACUCUGACUCCAGUGCCACUGGCAGCAGCACUGCUGCCACGACCACAGCAGCCACUGACACCAAAACCGACACCCACAAGAUGGUAUCCUCCAGUAUCGCCAUCCAGACCAUCAGGGAAAUGUCCUGCCAGACAGAAGUGGAGCACCUAGGAAGAGUCUCCCCAGCAAUCCAUGUGACAGUACCAGACCCAAACAAAGUAGAGAUUGUGCACUACAUCUCGGGACCUGAGCGGACCCAAAAGGGACAGUCUCUAGCAUGCCAGACUGACCCAGAAGCUCAGUCACAAGGUGUUGUAGCUCCCCAACUCAGUGUACCAACCACGGUCAGUCCAUAUUCUUCCUCUACCAGUACUGGAACGCAACAAUCCGGUUCUGCUGACCUUCAGACCCAGCAGCGCCAGCAACAGCAUAUUGCAGCAAAUGCAGCCAAGUUUGAGCGACGCCGCCCUGACCCACUCGAUAUCAACUACCAGCCUCACAACCACCUCCACAAUGAGUCCAUCUCCAGCAUCAUCCGGCAGCAGCAGACAGCCCCCAAAUCCCCACAGGUCCUCUACUCUCCUGUCUCCCCAGUGUCCCCUCACCGCCUGCUAGAGACGUCUCUGUCCAGUGAGCGGCUGAACAAGGCCCAUGUCACACCUCAGCAGAAGUCCUACACAGCCGAGUCCCCCCAGCGACACCCCUCUGUGCCCCGACCCAUCAAGAGCACCCAAAGGUCCAUGUCAGACCCUAAGCCUCUCAGCCCCACCACAGAUGAGCAUACCAAGGCCAGGCUGUCCCUGUAUCAACAACAAGCGCUCCAGAACCAGCUGGCAGCCCUUCAGCAGAGCUCACUGCUGCGUAAGGUCAAGCGAACCCUGCCCAGCCCUCCUCCAGAGGAGACCACAUCAGUUCACCUGCCCAUGAUGACACCUGCCCUCCAACAGGUCUACCUGCCUUCCGUGCCCAGCCUCAAGCCCAGCUCCAGGUCUGGCCUGGCUGCCAAAGCCAGCCUUCUCAAAGACCUCACCCACGAGCUGAAGGCCGUGGAGCAAGAAUCGACCAAGCUGAGAAAGCAGCAAGCUGAACUGGAGGAGGAGGAGAAAGAGAUCGAUGCAAAACUGAGAUACCUAGAGCUGGGGAUCCACCAAAGGAAAGAGACACUGGUCAAGGAGAGGGAGAGGAGGGAUAUCGCCUACUUGAGGUGUAUGGGGGACACUAGGGACUAUAUGUCUGAUAGUGAGUUGAAUAACCUACGUUUGGCAGCUGCAGCUGCAUCACAUGAGACCAAUGGGCUACUGACAACGAGACCCAGCACUGCUCCUCUCAGCCAGUUCACCAGCGAUCUCAACACAGCAGCCCAGUACCCACCCACCUCAUCCUUCCUAUCCUGUCAGUACCCCCAGAGCCAACCGGCAGCACCAACUCAACAAUCAAGUGUACCAUACCAGUCUGGGACGUUCAACCAGCCUCCCUAUCCAAGUGUGUCUCAGUCCCAGGCACUGCCACAGCCCACGCCCCUCCAGAGCCAUGUCCACCCUCCAGGACCUACCUACCAGUCUCAAACCUCCUACCCUUCCCAUACCUAUCCCCAAACUCAGCCCCCAUACCCCCAGACAGACAUGGGGAUACCAGCUGCACCUCAGCCUCAGCCCCAGCCAGGGCAUACAGGCUUUGGGCCUGCACCACCAGGUCAGCCCCCAUACCCCACCCACAGCUCACCCUAUCCCAGUGCUGUGUCCUCCUACCCCAGCCAGACCACCCCAUACCCUGGGCAACCCCAAGCUGAUAUCCUGACGGUUCAUCCAGGAAGGCCCAGGCAGACUUCACUAGCCGAUCUGGAGCACAAGAUGCCCACCAACUAUGAGACGAUCAGCAACCCCACAGUUGUGGUCACCACCACAGCACAGGAUGCCACCUAUUCCAGUGCAGCCCCAUCUUAUGGUCAGUACACUGGUACAACAACCAUGGCCAGCUCCUAUGGGCCGUAUGGCUCAGCACCUGUGUCCAGCAGCUAUGGUGGGUACUCUGCCAUGCCACCCAGCACUUAUGGCCAGUAUACUUCAAGCUCAGCUAGUUCAUAUGGCCAGUACACCACAACCACUGCUAAUACUUAUGGCUACACCACUACCACAGCAAGCUCAUAUGGACAGUACACCUCUACAGUUUCCAAUGCCUAUGGGCACUCUGUAGACAGUCCCUCCACCUACAGCACAGCAGAUGGGAUGUACAUGGCUCCUGGCUUAGAGCAAAACAUUCCAAGGAACUACAUGAUGAUUGACGAUGUAAGCGAGCUGACGGCAAAAGACGGGCUGGGCACGACGACAGGGGACAUGAUGCAUCAUGGCAGCAGUGGGCGUUAUCCGGGCGACAUCCAUGGCCACAGCAGCACGACGCGUGGGGGAACUGGCAGCUCCUCGUAUGGCAGGGCACCCGAGGAAGAAGCAGCGAUGCAGGAAGAGCUGUACGACCACCAUGGCAGGGGUAAGAGCAGCUACAGGCACGGACCUCUAGGGGGCAGCAGCAGCAGCGUGAGCGCUAGCAUGGGUGGGGGAUCCUCCUAUUACUAUGACUACGACUACAAACAUGGCAGCAUCCGCUCCGGGGUACAGAAACCUUCGUCAUCCUCCAGAAGCCUUCUGGCUCCUGCUGUCAUGUCCUCCAAGCGCAGCAAGCACAGGAAACUGGGGAGUAUGGAGCAGAAAAUCUCCAAGUUUUCUCCCAUUGAGGAGGCUCGGGAUGUGGAGGCAGACCUGGCCUCCUACCCCUCAGUGGCAGGUGGGACUUACCCCUCCGCCCACAUUAGAGGGCGCCAGCUGAUCGAGGAUUAUGGCUUUAAGAAGAGUACUUAUGACGGCGGCAGUGGCACCAGCCAUGGUAGUCGAUACUACGGUUCAAUGGUUGAGGAGGACGACCGGAUUUACUACACCUCCACUGGCCGCUCUCGUUCCACCGGGUAUGGCAUGGACAAGAUCUCAGCCAAGGACUACUCUGGGUAUCGCAGCCGAUCCUAUGAGAGAGAUGACCGCUCCUACCGAUCUGGCUACAGCCGGGGGCGCCACCCGACUCGGCAGUACUCUGAAGAAGAGAGCCCACUCAGUCCCCUGGGGAGGUUCAUGGGUUCUGGGCGAUCAUCAAGCUUAGGUCCCGACCCAUACGACAGUCGCAGCAGUAGAUAUCAUUACUAUUACGGCCAAUAUGGUUCCAGCCACUCGCUGCCAGACGUACAAGACCACAUACGGGACCUUCCCAGGACGCAUGUCUACAAGUCGGAUGAUACAUACAUAAUAGACGAUUAUCAUUGUGCUGUGUCAGACAGUGAAGCCUACCAUCUGGGCCAGGAAGAGACUGACUGGUUUGAGAAGCCACGCUCCAGUUCUCGACACUACGGCAGCAGUCACUCAUCUGGGAGGAGCCGCCAUGGUGUCAAACACACUUACCAUGAUUAUGAUGAGCCUCCUGAGGAGGACCUGUGGCCCCAGGAUGAGUAUGGCCACGGAGGGCGACACUCUUCAUCCCGUGACCACCGGCACCACGGCAGCUCUAGCCGACACUCAUCCUCAUCACGUCAUUCAGAUGAACCGAGGACUUCGAGGUCAUCUAAAGGGCACCCCAAAGACCCAUCAAUGCGGCACGACCCUUCAGGACGAUCAUCAUCUACAGGAAGACGUGGUGACUCAAGGUCCGGAGGGUACCACUCAUCGGACUACACCCGGGAUCCAUCUGGGCACCACCACGGCCAGCGGUCCUCCAGACAAGGAGACCCACACCGGUCCUCACGCAGCAAGUCUCAGCAGCCAGUAGACAUGCAGGGCCAACCAACAGGCACCUCCAGGUCUGGCAGCAGCUCUGCCCGCGGUCAGGGCCCCGCUGGCGGUCCUGGAUCAGGGCGACAGGGUGUUCCAGGUUCCCAGACCGACGGGGUUUCGGGACAGCGGACCCAACUCCAACAACAAGCCCAGACAUCAGCGGCCCGGCCAGGGCAGCCCGGUGUCGCAGCGACUACUGGCCCUCAGCAGCAGCCCUCAGCCCAGGGACAAGGCAUGGGCAUGGGAAUGGGGCAGGGCCAGGCCAAGCCAGGGCAGAUGGGACCAGCAGGUGGACCCAUGGGGCAGGCCAGGCAGACAGGUCCCACAGGAACCACACCAGCCACCAUGGCCAAAAUCGACACGCCUCCGGCAACAGCUAUCGGAGCGAAGGCAGCACCCGUCAUGGCUACAAAAGCAGCCCAGCCCCCACUCACAGGCAUAGGUUCCAAGGCAGCUCCUAGGCCAGGAGGGAUUGGCAGUGCGGCAGCAGGUCAGCCUGGCAUGGAGGGAGAAGGCAUGUUCUCCAAGAUCCUGCCAGGAGGAGCCGCUGAGCAGGCCGGAAAACUGGGAGAAGCUAUCUCUGGUUUUGGCAAGAAGUUCACCUCUCUCUUCUAAAGUGCUAAGAUUAAGGACUAUGUAAAAUCACGGAGCCACGAGGCCUCGUACCAGAAAAACCUGUGAAGUUCCCCCUGCUUUUGUUUUACUGAAAGAGAGAGAGGAAAGAGAGAGAGAGACGAGGGGGGCAGAGAGGAGAGCUGAGCAUACUGCCAACAAGGACUGUAAUCCUCCGGAUACUUCAUGUCUCAGGCCUGAGCACACUGGCAGAGAGAACACGCUGCUCUCUCUGGCAGGCAGACAAUCAUUCCAAGCCAACAUUUAUCUUCAGGAGGACUACCCUCGUCAUCCAGCAUCCCCAGCCAAAGAACCGACCCCAACUACCGUGGAGUCCUAAAACCAUCCUGUAGCAGUUAGACACAUCUCUGCCCCUUCGUUACAAAAGAGCAACUGGCGGCCAAAAGUUCAAAGAAAAAGUUUGGGUUUUUGCCACUACGUGGAUUUAACUGCAGCUUCAAUGGAAGGAAACAAAGGGGUGAUGCAGUUCUACGCCUGUAUGCUGACGACUCCACCAUUUAUAUGAGAGCUGCUUUUUCCUGCUAAGAGUAUAAAGGAAACGGUAGCUUCACCACAGGCUUGGUGGCAUGCUAGGAUCCUCGAUUUCACAGUCCUGUGCUCAAACUAGCAACAAACGAGGCUCUCUUCUCUUUCCUAUCUCUCUUCAAAGGAAAAAAAGAGCAGGGAAAAUGGAAUGAAACUAGCUGAAGUACUGCAGGUUUUUCUGGUACUAAAGACCUCUUGUUUCAUCACCUGUUGAGAAGGAAAUCGAGAAAUGGAAAUGUCACAUUGAAUGAAUAAGACAAUGACAACGAUGCAGCCGUCGCACAGAGAACAACUGUGUCGGCAUGCAUCUCUUUCCACGGUUUCCUCUGUUUCUAUCUACAUUCCAGAUUGGAACUGUUAAAACCUUUGCUCCUCCUCUUCCUCACUUCUCUGCAUUUCUUGAAUGCCGAUUCUUCUUUCUUUCUAAUCCCUGCCCAACAAUCCUCAACUUGCCAUGUCUUUAAAGAAAUGUAUAGCGGAUUGAAAAAAAAAAAAGUAGGAAUUUGGAAUGCAUGGAACUUUAUAUCCAAGACCUUACACUGUUCAUCGUUACUUAACAGAGGCCAUAAAGACACUGGGAAACACAUCUUAGCUAGACGACGUAAACAGUAACAAGGAAGAGAGAUUUCUGAAGCAACACACAGGAGUAAGACGAGUCUUUUGUGUUUUCGGUGGUAUUCAGAGUGAAGCCGUAUGUGGUUGGGUUGUUUUUCAGCCAUUACAAAGCCAUUAAGACAACAUUUACCUGCAGUGCUUGUGGUGAUGGGAGUUUUUCCAACUGCUCCAUGUUUGGCUCUCAGAUAUUUCUCAUGUCGUUGUAGGUUAUCACCUCUUGUGUUCUUUUUAUAAUUUAGUUAUUUGCCUGGUUUUUACGUUGCAGGUUACCAAUAUCGCCUUAACCAUUUUUAAAUGUUUUAUUUUUAAGUAAAAAUAUUUUUUAUUACAUCCCCCAAACACUUUUUUUUUCCAUCACAGCCUUUUUUAUGUAGUAAUAUCAGCUGGAACACUGGCCACAGUGAGAUUGAUUUAUAUUUUUUAAAUUAACUUUGGUUUUGAUAAUUGUUUGUGAUAUUAUUUUUCAUUAAUUUAUGUUUUGUAAUGUUUUGUUACCUUCAUCAUGCCUCCUGUCAAUUUUCAGACUCUUAUUUAUUAUCAAUAAUUAUAAAAGCAAUAGAGUAAGAGAUAAGGAAGAGCACAAUCUUGUGUCAUUUCAGUAGUUGGUGGAACAGAAACGUGUUGCCUCCGUCUGUCUAACUUACCACUGAUGUACCGCUCAAGUCUGACUUAAAAACGUACCACCAAACCUACUCCAAUAUUUUACUACUGCUGUACUAAUACAUCAGAGAGCAGGAGCUAUAAACAACACGUACCACCCAGAUCUUCUCCUCCAACCAAUAGUGAGACAUCAGCGUCGUCAAUCAAUCAGUGGAUCGGAGUGAUUGGCUGCUUGUAUUAUCCAGCUGGAGUCUGAUCUGAAAGCACUGCAGGGCAGCAGAGAGGCACUGAAAAGCAGACCAGUCACACAUCGCGGCAGAACUGAACUUGACGUCGUCACCUGCAGGGGUUUGGGUUUCGAUGUGAUCCAUCGGACCCUCCAAGAUGGACGUUUAUUGGUAGUCUGCAAAAAGCUCAGCUGAGCUCCGUACACAUCAGUGUGUAUCAGCAUGUGUCUUCACUCUGUCAAAUGUGCACAGUGCACGUGAAAGCACACAUGAAAAUGGUGUCAAAAAGGAAAAAAAAAUCAGCACUCCUGUGACUGAGGAACCAAAAAUAACACACUUGGUUGUGUCACGAAGUCACUCGCCUUUUUUUUAACUUUUCAUUUUCUAUCGUGGUGGCGUCCAGACCUGUAACCCAACCCCUGAACCCCUCUCUCAGACUGUCAGUUGUCAUGGAAACUUCUCAGGUCAGUGUUCUCCUGCUGUUGCUCCUGCAGUGCAUUGUGGGAUCUGCGGUUCGGUACUCAAAACAUACUGUCGGGCCAAACAUUGAGAGGCCUUCAGCAAAACCAACGAACCAACCAACUUCUGCUGUAUAUUGUCUGUGUGAACGCUCGCUGGGAACCUUCGCAUGCCGCCCGGCGCAGAAAACCUCAAAGUCACCUCUAUAUUGUUCUGUUCCUAAUGUUUGUAUGUAUGUGUGUGGGGGUUCUGUAUGCGUGUAUUUAACGGCCAUCAUCCAAUGUGGAAAAGAAAAGAAAACAAGACAAACACGAGUUCAACCACAGCAAAUAUGGUGGGCAGAAGAGGCGACCUCUCAUCUCCAGUCGUUCUAUGCAAUGAAUCAUAUUUGGAAAACAGAAACAUGAGGAAAGAAAUGGGAUGUGAAACACAAAUGGGAAAACAGACACACAGUCAUUGUUUAUCAUACCUCAGUUGUUCUUAUAUCAAGAUUGCUUUAUUUUGGCAUUUGUCAUAGAUCAAAAUAAGGAGAUUCUUUGUUUCUUUCUUUGUUUGUGUGUAAUAUACAGUAGGUCACCUGUAAGUUAGAUAAUAAUAAGAAGGGUCUUUAUAUUACUUGUGUUCAGGGUCCCCUCCCCUCCCAAACUGGGAAUCUCUACAGCCAAAGGCUCUCUCUAAUGGUGUGUUCAUGACAGCUGGGAAAUGGAAGGAUCAUGGCUUCAGAGCUGGAAGGGUAAAUGAGGAGACGGUAGGGUUGCAUCCCUCUGCUUCCAAUUAAAAUGUUUAAUGAAGUAGAAAUUCUUCAAAAUACCAAAAAUUGCCUGCCAACAAAGUU